UAGACUUGUCUUUAUCUACGUGGUGUGCAUAACCUAUAAACUGCAGUGUCCUUGUGAAAUUGUGAAGGAAAAUUUGAAACAAAAACAAAUACGUUUUGGGUAUUAAAAUCAAACUUACCAAAGUAACAGAAAAAGCAGAGUGUUUGGAACUGGCAUCAAAAUCAUUAGUGUAACAAACGCUCCAACCUACAAAGAUGAGUGCCGCCCAAGUCCAAGGUGCUAACGCGACGAUGCCUCAAGAAAUAUCGACUAGAUACGCUACACUAACAGUGCUUCUUAUUUUUAUCACAUCCCUAGCAGCCAUGUUUGUGGUUUACCAAACAUUCCCAGAAGUCACUGAAGACGAGAAAAAGCAUAUCAAAGUGCCAUGGAACAUAGAAGACGCCAAAAACUUAGGCAUAGUUUUAAGUAGAUAUAAACUGGACCAUUAUUAUCAUGUGAUGAGUGGGGUGUUUUUAACGUACAUUUUCCUACAAUCGUUCGCCAUUCCUGGAUCAUUGUUCCUCUCGAUUUUAUCGGGCUACUUAUUCCCAUUCUACGUGGCUCUGAUUCUGGUCUGCACUUGCUCAAUGCUGGGAGCAACUUUGUGCUUUCUACUGUCUCAACUGUUAGGUAGAAGACUUGUGAUAAAGUAUUUUCCGGAGAAAGCCAGCAAAUGGAGUGUCCAGGUCGACAAGCACAAAAACAACUUAUUUAAUUACAUGGUGUUCCUCAGAGUUACCCCCAUUCUGCCAAAUUGGUUCAUCAAUUUGGCCGCUCCAGUUCUUGGAGUGCCCUUAGUUCCGUUUGCUUUAGGCACAUUUAUAGGUGUGGCACCACCUUCCUUCUUUGCAAUCCAAGGAGGACAGACGUUGCAUACAAUGACUGUGCAAAAUGGUGCAUUCAACUUAAAUUCCUUUAUGUGGCUGGCUGUGUUUGCCGUUGUUUCAAUAAUUCCCAUAUUUCUGAAGAACAAAGUAUAGAACUUUUUGGGGACACUAGUGAAAUUCGUGCAAAAUGGGAGCGCUUACGUUCAUUUAGAUAAGUUACUGACCCAAAUCAGUAUUGUUUUUGUUAAAAAAUAUAGUUUUAAUACACCGUCUAUGAUAAGUAGUCAAUUUGUGUUGGGAUUGUGAUUUGGUUGAAGAAGGACUAAAUAAAUGCAAAACGUUUUUUAA